AUGGUCCCCAUUCCUUUGCCUCCAACACCAGCCCACCAAAGUCUGGCCUCGAAGAUCUUCUGUUUAUGCUGCAGAGACUGUCAGGAGUCCUCUGUCAUCGACACCUGCAAAGUCCCCAACCAAACCCAAGAGCAACAGCCAUCAACCCACGGGGGAGGUAGACUCAAUAAUAAGGACCUCUUGCCGAUGGGCACUGCUCACCUGAGCUCCCCAGUUGAUCCUGUGGAAUUCUCCUUGCCAGGUACGCAGCAUCAGAAGGGUCAGCUGGACAGACUAAAUCCCAAGAACACAAAAGGAACCUCCCACUUGCCUUCAGGACAAUCCCUGAUCCACCCAGAAAAGACAGCUUCCUUCAACAGCAGUGACUUUGAGGGUAAGUCCCAAAUUGAGGUCCUUAGACUGACCAGGAACCCCUGGAGAAGGGGCCUGUAUCUGUAUACCAAAGCUUCCCAAAGCAAUUUUUACAAGAGAAACCUAAACCGCUACUCCCAGGAGCGCUGGCCAUUCCAGACGUGCUUCAUUGGGAGACCCUGA